AUGGACAUCGAUCAACUUCCCGCUUGUGGCACUUCUUCACAGACGUUGCCAGACAAACCGCACAGAGGUGACUAUCAACAGGUAUCCAGUCAAGUAAUGAUACUUCCGCACGCUUUUCCAACUACGUCUCCAAGUACCGAAUUCCCUCAGCAAGCACUGAGAAAAGUCUUCGGCCAUGAAGGUGUACCAACUGUUUUGGUCACUGACAACGGCACACACUUCACUGCAAAAUUCCUCGAGGAGCGGUUGAAGGGUCUUAGAUGUCGACAUCUGUUUACUGCUCCGCGACAUCCCCAGUCGAAUGGACUUGCUGAAAAUUUUGUCCGAACACUAAAGUCUGCCAUUAUUCCACUCUCUCCCACUACUUUUGUGGAAUUGGACCGUGGGAUUGAUAAUUUUCUAAUGCAAUACAGGAACGCCGUCCAUUCCGUUUCUGGGAAGAGUCCCGCGCUUCUAUUUAAAUCUCAUUCGUUGCACACAAGUCUUGACUGUGCCAAAACGACUGAUGUUAAAUUUUACAAGGGUAAUGAUUUACGACCUGCUACAGGAAUAGUACUUUCAUCAGAUGGCAAUCAAAUGGUCACAAUUCUCGAUUUGGAUGAUCUCUCUUGUCAUCGAAGACACAUUGACCAGGUUGAGUUCAAUAGCAGAGGUCAGUCUGUAAACGGCACUCCUGCUGCUUCAAAUACUAAUGAGUCCUUUGUAGAUGAUCUUGUGGUAUCUGAUCAAAACGUAUCUGAAGAACGGACAACCUGUGAAGAGUCUGAAGUUUUCAUUCCGAUAGGAUCCGAAAGAUUGCGGUCAAGACCACCACUGGACUAUAAACGUCCACACGCUCAUUCAAGUUCUUCCGACCCCAAACUCAUGACCAACCCGAUUGUAGUCAUACCCAACUGUGCUUCCGAAAGCGGGCCGACGAAACCAGCUGCGUCUCCGGACAGCAGUUUUUAUUCGACCACCACAGGCCUCUCACCCACCAAAGGCAGUGAUGACCCGGAGGAGGCAAACCUCACAUGCCAGCGGCGCCCAAAGUACGUGGAGCUAUCAACGCUUAUCUCCGUAACAGACAACACAGCUGCAGCCAUGCGCUCCUCAACAAAGCCACAGACUCUGAAAUGUACUGAGUCAGGUGUGCGGGGACAAGGAGCGAAGCCGACCUCCGCUUCACUCCGUCGAAAGCGGCCACUCUGCUUGUGGACACAACCGUCGUGCAGGAUCCCCACAACCUAA